UAGCAAUUAUGUCCGAGCUCACGGUCGUAAUCGUAACUUCACUUUUAUAUAAAAGACAACCUUCCGUUGCUCUCGCCAUGGCAAACCGCUUCCUUCACAGCUUCAGAAGAUCUUCUCUCUCUUCUCGUCUUCUCCGUUUUCCCUCUCCUGCCCCUCCUUUCAGGUCGAAUUUCCACUACCAUCCAUCAAUUUUCUGCCCAUCUCAGCCGUCCAAUCCAAUCAACCCAUGGAGAAAUUCGUGGGUUUUCAGGCAUUUGAGCCAUGGUGCUGUAGAUCUCGUCAUCUCCCAAGGAAAACCCAAGUUCGAAACGCGGAAAAUCGAGCCGUCGAAGCGGGUGAAGUGGAAAUCAAAGAAGCGGUUGAAGAUGCAGAGGAAGAGAGAGAAGACGAAAAGAAAGAUGGCGAAUAAGCGGGACCCACGGCGGCUCGGCGUGAAGGGCAAGAAGAAGAAGCAGAAGUUCCCCAAUGCAGAGGCCCGUAUUAAGUACAAGAUUGAAAAGGCCAAAAUCAAAGAAGCAUUAUUGAUUGAAAGGCUCAAAAGAUAUGAAGUUUCCAAGCUUCAAGGUCCAAUAAGUGAACCAGAAAACCUGACAGGCGAGGAACGCUUCUACAUGAAAAAGAUGGCCCAAAAACAAUCUAAUUACGUGCCUGUUGGCAGGCGAGGGGUCUUUGGAGGUGUUAUUCUCAAUAUGCAUUUGCACUGGAAAAAACAUGAAACUGUUAAGGUCAUCUGCAAGCCUUGUAAACCUGGUCAGGUACACGAAUAUGCAAAAGAAAUAGCGAGGUUGAGUGGUGGGACACCUAUUCAGAUAAUUGGAAAUGAUACUAUUAUAUUUUACCGUGGGAAGAAUUAUGUUCAGCCAGAAGUCAUGUCACCUAUAGAUACGCUAUCCAAGAAAAGGGCACUUGAAAAAUCAAAAUACGAGCAAUCACUUGAGUCAGUAAGGCGGUUCAUUGCCAUAGCCGAGAAGGAACUGGAAAUCUAUUAUCGGCAUGUUGCACUUUAUGGUGACCCAAAUUGUCGGAAUUCCAAUCUGGACUUUGUCAACCAGAGAAAAGGCUCCAGGCACAUGGACAAGGCAGAAUUGACGGAGGGAGGAAAUGUCGACUCGGCAAGCAACGCUUUCUCGGCAGAUGAAUCAGAGAUGGAAGCUGAUUGUGAAGUUGAAGACUUGUCUGGAUUUGAAUUUAAUUCUGACAAAGCAGAAUCGAUGGAGGGAGGAAACCUCAACUCAGCAAGCGAUGGUUUCUCGGCGGAUGAGUCACAGACAGAAGCUGAUUCUGAAGUUGAAGACUUGUCCGGAACUGAAUUUGAUUCUGACAGUGAAGAUGCUUUGGAAGCUGAAUUAUAUUACGAGGAUGAAGAAAAUGCCUCUAGUAUACCUGCAUGCUCAGCCUCGGUGGUGCGCCCAGUGCAAAGUGGUUGGAGUUCUGAAAGUUUCCAGGGGAAUGAGAAACAUAAUGAAAGAGGAGUGAGGUGGAUUUGACUGGACAGUCCCAUUGGUUGGACGGUUCAGAUUGACGGGAGAGUCCCACUAUGAUGGAGGUUGCGAGAUGGUGAUGGGUUCGGUACCCAUUACUGCUCGAAGAAGAAGGAAAAAGGAAGGGAGAGUCGGGGGCAUGGGUUUAUGCAGUGACGUGGCAUAUUUUGUUUGGUAUCAAAGAGAAGUUUAGAUGAAAACUAUGAACCUAGGGUGGGAUUUAACUUAGAGACAUUAAAUAGUAUGCACUCCAUUAAUGAUAUUUAGAAUUCAAUUUUAGUUA